CCACUAAUUGCCUCAAACCUAAUCCUUCUAAACUUUAUGAAAAAAACCAAGCAAUGAUCUGUCUCAAAUGAAUAGUGGCUUUUGGAUUCUCAUUUGCCUAUAAAUGGGGAACCUCUCACCACAAACCUACUUGUGAGUUUAGAAGAGCAAAGCCUCAUACCUUUCUACCACUUUAAGUCUUUUCUAGUUUCUUCCUUCAGAGAAAAAAAAUGGAGGAAAAAAUGAGUUGGAUUGUUGCAGAAGCUGUGGACUAUAAAGGCUUCCCUGCAGAUAGAUCCAAAACUGGGGGUUGGAUACCUGCAACUCUUAUUUUAGGGAUUGAAAUCGUGGAGAGGCUCUCCACCAUGGGGAUUGCAGUGAACUUGGUAACAUACAUGAUCUCAGUCAUGCAUCUGCCAAGCUCAACUGCAGCUAAUACCGUCACUGACUUCAUGGGGACAUCAUUUCUUCUGUGCUUGCUGGGAGGUUUUCUGGCAGAUUCCUUCCUUGGCAGAUACAAGACAAUUGGAAUCUUCGCUUCGAUACAAACACUGGGAACAGCUACAUUAGCAAUCUCAACAAAACUGCCACAGCUACGUCCACCAUCUUGCCCUGCCAACAGUGACAGUUGCAAACAAGCCAAUGGAUUUCAAAUGGGAAUCUUAUACUUGUCACUGUACCUUAUUGCACUAGGAACUGGUGGCCUAAAAUCUAGUGUUUCAGGAUUUGGCUCCGACCAAUUCGAUGAGAAAGAUGAGAAGGAGAAAUCCCAAAUGGCAUAUUUCUUCAACAGGUUUUUCUUCUUCAUUAGUUUUGGAACUCUGGCAGCCGUCACGGUACUCGUCUACUUGCAAGAUGAAGUGAGUCGCAGUUUGGCGUACGGGAUAUGUUCUGUUUCUAUGAUCGUAGCCAUUGUGGUGUUCUUAUCAGGAACUAAAAGAUACAGGUACAAGAAGAGUUUGGGAAGCCCCAUUGUCCACAUUUUCCAAGUUAUUGUUGCAUCAAUAAAGAAAAGGAAGAUGCAACUCCCAUACAAUGUUGGUUCUUUGUAUGAAGACACUCCUGAAGCUUCAAGAAUAGAGCACACCGACCAGUUCCGUUUCUUGGAGAAAGCAGCCAUUGUGACAGAAGGUGACUUUGAGACAAAUGCAUCUGGUUCUGCACCAAACCCAUGGAAAUUAUGCUCGCUAACAAGGGUAGAGGAGGUGAAAAUGAUGGUGAGACUUUUGCCAGUGUGGGCCACAACCAUCAUAUUUUGGACCACUUACGCACAGAUGAUAACCUUCUCGGUUGAGCAAGCCUCCACCAUGGAAAGAAAUAUGGGGAGUUUCCAAAUCCCUGCAGGCUCUCUCACAGUGUUUUUUGUGGCUGCAAUACUAAUCACUCUAGGUGUUUAUGACCGACUCAUCAUGCCCCUUUGGAAAAAGUGGAAAGGCAAACCAGGUUUCACCGACCUACAAAGGAUUGCGAUUGGCCUCGUACUUUCCAUUUUAGGAAUGGCGGUUGCUUCUGCGUGCGAGAGGAAACGUUUAUCAGUGGCAAAAAGUGUAGGUGGGAACCAUGCAACACUUCCCAUAAGCGUUUUCUUGCUGAUCCCACAGUUCUUCUUGGUGGGUUCUGGUGAAGCAUUCAUAUACACGGGCCAGCUUGAUUUCUUCAUAACACGGUCUCCAAAAGGAAUGAAAACCAUGAGCACGGGUCUGUUUCUCACAACGUUGUCUCUGGGUUUCUUCGUGAGCAGUUUCCUGGUCUCAGUUGUGAAGAAAGUUACCGGGACAAGAGAUGGUCAGGGGUGGCUAGCCGACAACAUAAACAAUGGCAGGCUUGACUUGUUCUAUGGACUACUCACUAUUCUGAGUUUCGUUAAUUUUGUAGCAUUUGCAGUUUGUGCAGUUUGGUUUAAGCCUAAGAAACCUAAACAAGCAGCUAUGCAAAUGGGAGCAAUUAAUGGGUCCACAGCUGAGGAAAAGUGCUGAAGACUAGAGCUUUUAGGAUUUGGUAUUAUAGGCAUUGCUGUUAUCAUGGUUUUGUGGAAUUGUAGAUAAGCCUGUUAUAUGCAUUCAUCCAUCCGAAGAAUAGGUUGAUUUUGGGUUUUUCAUUAAUAAUGUUUGGGUUGGGUUCUAAGUAUGUAUAAGCAUGUAACAUAGUUUCUACUCUUUCAACUCCUUGUUACACUUUUUUACCAAUCAGGCUUUGUUGUCAAUACUAAUAUAUUUGUUGUCUUUCUU